CCGUAGCGCGUUGUUGUGAUCUAACAUGGCGGAGUGUAGUGUUGUGGCUGCUCUGUGUCUAUGUCAAUUUUAGAGUGAUUUCGCUUAAAAAGAAGGAAAGGAUUGCAAUGGUUGACGAUUGCAGUAUCGCAAGAAAUCGAGCAAAGUAAUCGCGUACUUAUGAGCAUUUCUAUUGCAAGAGGAUUGAGCAUAACUUGGGUUUAAUUUUCGUCGCGGGAAUCGUACACAGCGGUGAGAGAGCACGCAGAGUGCCGUCUUCCGAGCAACAGAAUUUUCUCCUGACCCUCCGCAGACAGCAAACCGCGGUCUGUCCUGGUGACCAGAUCGAGGAUCGAGGUUUAAUUGCGUUCCAUAUAAACAACGUGAUAUCGGAAACGUGCACGGUCGUAGAGUUUUCCCGCGCGUCCUGAGAGGUUUUCUGGCGCAAGAAUCAGGCUUAUGCAACGAAGAGCGCAUAAACAUCUAUCUCGGUAAACAAUCCUGUCCCGUCACGUCGGACACGAAGGGAUGCGAACUGAAUGACAGAUUGCCACAUUGCCCGAAUCUUAUCUUAACGAUAUUUCAGUGACAAAAAAAAACUCUAGCACUUGUGUAGGUUUGUUGAGCAAAGUCGUAGCAGAAUUAAGCGAAGGAGAAUUAAGGAAGGACACAAUAGGCUGGUUGAAGUCUGUAAAAAAAAAAGUUUGUCAAUAAUUUUGUUAUUAGAAAUGAAUAAAGAUCCCCUAUGGUAUGUUUGUUAAUUAACAGUUACGUCAUUUGAUUUGCCCAAGCUAAUCUUAUGUAUAUGAAUUGGAGCAUUAAAAGAACUAGAUAAUUAUAUUAAAUGGUGUCUUUGUCUCGUAAAGUUAAUGUUGUAAUAAAAAGCCUUAAUGGGUUGUAAGGGAGUAACUGCAUCGAUACAUGCAGAUUCUGGUGCAUUUGUCGAUACAUCGGAGAGUUGAGGAUCAUUUAUAAAUAUAUAUUCAAAAAGCCAAAGAGUUGGUAAAAAUUUGAAGGGAUGCAAGGUAGCUGGUGAUAUUAUAAAAUAGUGUGUAUAAGUUAAUUUUUACAAUAUGACGGAUACACGCAGAAGAGUGAAGUUGUAUGCGCUCAAUGUUGAUAGACAGUGGGAUGAUCGUGGUACAGGUCAUGUUUCCUCUUCAUACGUAGAUAGAUUGAAAGGAAUUUCACUUUUAGUCAGAGCAGAGAGUGAUGGUUCAGUUUUGUUGGAGAGUAGAAUACAACCGGAUACAGCAUAUCAGAAACAGCAGGACACUUUAAUAGUUUGGUCAGAAGGAGAAAAUUUUGAUUUAGCCUUAAGUUUUCAAGAAAAGGCUGGCUGUGAUGAAAUUUGGGAAAAGAUAUGUCAGGUCCAAGGAAAAGAUCCAUCUGUUGAAAUUACUCAAGAUAUUGUUGAAGAGUCAGAAGAUGAACGGUUUGAUGAUAUGUCUGAUGCUGCACCUCCAAUAGAGUUGCCACCAUGUGAAUUAAGCCGACUGGAAGAUAUUAAUGAACUUAUAGGAAAUUGUUUAUCUUCACAAAUGAGGAAAGAUAAAUUAGCCCUGGCUUUGGAAUCGGAAGGUUAUAUCAAAAAACUGUUAAAUCUGUUUCAUACUUGUGAAGAUUUAGAAAAUAUUGAAGGAUUGCAUCAUUUGUAUGACAUAUUUAAAAAUAUUUUCCUACUUAAUAAGAACACAUUAUUUGAAGUUAUGUUUAGUGAAGAUAUAAUUUUCGAUGUUGUUGGAUGUUUGGAAUACGAGCCAACAUUACCUCAGCCAAAGAGGCAUAGAGAAUAUCUUCGACAGUUAGCCAGAUUUAAGCAAGCAAUUCCUAUUACAAACGCUGAGCUAUUAGCUAAAAUUCACCAGACGUAUCGAGUUCAAUAUAUUCAAGAUGUAGUACUACCGACUCCGAGUGUAUUCGAAGACAACAUGUUAAACACAUUGAGUAGCUUUAUAUUUUUUAAUAAGGUUGAGAUAGUAACAUUGAUACAAGAUGAUGAAAAAUUCCUCACUGAACUAUUUCGCCAGUUAACUGACGAAGCAACAUCGGAUAGUAAGAGACGAGAUCUAGUUCUUUUCCUAAAGGAAUUUUGUAACUUUUCUCAGAAUCUUCAACCACAAGGAAAGGAGGCCUUUUAUAAAACUUUAACUGCACUCGGUAUUUUACCCGCUUUAGAAAUUACUUUGGCAAUGAACGACGCCCAAACAAAAACAGCCAGUAUAGAUAUAUUGACUUAUAUUGUGGAAUAUUCUCCGAGUGUUGUUCGAGAUUAUACACUGCAACAAAUAAAUAAUACAGAACAGGACCAAAUGUUAAUAAAUGUAAUAGUUGCUCAACUCGUUGGCGAUAGUGAUCCAGAGUUGGGUGGAGCUGUACAAUUAGCUGGUGUACUACGUCUGCUCCUUGAUCCAGAAAACAUGUUGGCUUCCGUUAACAAAUCAGAAAAGACUGAUUUCUUAAAUUACUUUUACAAGAAUAGUAUUGGAACAUUGAUAGCACCGUUAUUAGCAAACACAAUUGGAGAACGACCAGCAAGAGAAGAUUAUAGAACAGUACAGCUUUUAGGAUUGAUUUUAGAGUUACUAUCAUUUUGUGUAGAGCAUCAUACAUACCACAUCAAGAAUUGCAUAUUGAAUAAGGAUCUGCUUAAACGGAUAUUGGUUUUGAUGAAAUCUACACACACGUUCUUAGUAUUGUGUGCUUUGAGGUUUAUGAGAAAGAUUGUAGCAUUAAAGGAUGAAUUUUACAAUAGAUAUAUCAUUAAAGGGAAUUUAUUUGCGCCUGUAUUUGAUGCAUUUGUGAGAAACAAUGGUAGAUAUAAUUUGUUGGACUCUGCUAUUCUUGAAAUGUUUGAAUUUAUUAAACUAGAGGAUAUCAAAUCGUUAUGUUCACAUGUUGUUGAAAAUUUUUCAAAAGAAUUGGAAGCAAUUGAUUAUGUACAAACAUUUAAAGCUUUGAAACUAAGGUACGAACAGCAUCAAGACAAGUUAAAGGAUCGGGAUAGAGCGGCUCUUGAUAGUGUUCCAUCCAUAUUGAGAAAUAGUCGAUACAGAAGGGACCAGAGACAGUUAGACGAAGAGGAAGAAAUGUGGUUCAACGAAGAGGAAGACUUUGACGAGGGUGAGGCGGUCGUACCCGCAGCAGCAGCAGAUCUUGUGCCUCCAGCUUCUGCUAAGAAACAGUCAUCAACUUCAAACUCUGCACUCAACCCUGCUCUUGCAGAUUCUAAAAGUCAUCAUCAACAGCAACAACAGCAGCAGUCCGUGUUAAACAAUAACACUGCUAACAAUAACAUUACCUCGCAACAGUCACAAAUCAAUAAUACUACAACAACGACGAACGAAUCUCCUAUUACUUCGGAAAUCAAUCCAAAUUCAACCAUUGGCACAACCGAAAAAACAGGAACUGCAUUAUUUAAGAAGGGCUUAGUUGAUUAUGAAGGAGAUUCAGACGAAGACGAAGAGGAUACAGAAGUAACACCUUCGCCAAAACGUCAAAGAUUGUCAUAGUAGGCAAACUGGAAAGAAACCGAGGAAUUUGUGAUUUUUAAUUGCUGCUACACCAUUUCUGGCCCUCCUACAUGCACAAAGAAUUUGGUCAAAAGAUCAUGUCACUGUCAACCUUUUUAUAGCAGAUAAAGGAUUUACUUUCUUUAAGUGAGUGGACAUAACGAGGACACGUGUUCACAACGUGGUGAAAAUUGACGUACUUCUUUGUGCUGGAUUGUGUAUAAAUAUACGAAAACAACUGUAUUAAGCGCAGGUGGGUGAAAGGGUCUAAGAAAUGGAAUAUAUAUAUAAUUAGGAUUAAAAGGAAAAAAAGAAAAAGAAAAAAAGAUGAACCAAUGCGAUACAAAGAAAGAGAGAACUUUCUUUAAAUAAGACAUAUGAUGAUAAAAUUGUGGCAUAAUAUUGUAUGACCACAUAAAUGUUAAAAGUAAUAAGAUUUUAACAAGAAAUAGUCCAUUCCACGUUGUCUGGAAACACCCCACGUACUAGAAAAAAUUAUUUCACGAAUAGGCUAAGAAACUCUAGCCAGGCCUAGUGGUUCUUACAAAUACAGAGUUUCUAAGCGUGUGCUUAGAUUCAUGUAAUAAUUGAAAUUGUGACUGUACGUCAUAUUUAUAUCUAUUAAGAAGAAACUUAUUAUGUAAAAAAAAAGCAAAAAAAAAAUCACAUGUAAAAGUACAUGAUGUACCGCACAAAAAACAACUGAGUGUUUUGUUUUGCCAUCCAUAAAUUUUCUUAUUCGUGUGAUGGGCAAUUAAGACCUGUCCCUAAAGGGGGUCAGACAUCAUGAAACUUUAUCCAAAUUAACGGAAAUAGUAUUUAGUUUGUAUAUAUAUGUAUAUUUGUAACGAUUGUAAAACAACCAUUCGUGGGUAAAGCAGAGAAAAUGCGAUUCCUUUACAAAUUCAGUUCUUAAUUAAGGUUCUUUGAACGAGCUUUUCGGUUGUCAAUGUAAGUAGUAGAAAUUGUACAAUAAACAUAUUUGAUUUGUGUAUAUUUACCAGUUUGCACUUCAUGUCCGCAGAUCACUCCUCGAUGUAAAACGAAAAUAUAUGUGAAAGUGUUUUGCAAUCUCGAGCAUUAAAUAUAAACUAUUAUUCUAUUCGUAUAAAUUAUUCGUAACUAAUGUGGGUAAAGAUAGAAGCUUGAUAUUGAUUAUUGUACUUUGUAAAGGAAAGAUAAAAGAUCCUCUGCAAAUUUAUCCUUGCAAGGUUUUAUUAUGUAUAACAUUUUAUAUAUGAUCGUCUAAAUUAUUUCCAACAUGGACAUUUCCUUUCUUUCGCAAUUGAUAAUAAAGAAAAAGAAAUGCAUAACGAAGUAUUGGAAUUUUAAAGGACAAGUAUUUAUCAGUGACAAGCAGACGACGUCGAAGUCGACGUGAUAUUAAAAAAACGGAAGUUAAUUGAUGUACACAUCAGCUCCCUAGGCAAGGGAGUAUUUAAUUAUUGAACUACUGAUACACAACCGAGAAAGCUGGUAUUAUAAGAGUCUGAAUUAAUUUCUUUCGUUUUGUUUUUAAUUUACGUUGACAUGAGUUUCCUAAGAAUGUUGUCUCGUUUUUUUUUUCCAUUUUUAUCUUGUUUUUUAAACGUUUAAUAUUAUUUCAGAAACAUGUGCCUCCAUAUCUUGAUUAAGUUAACUCAAACAAACAAAGAAAAAAAAAAAGAAAAAGGAGCAGAAGUAUUAUAAGCUAUAAUGUAUAAAUUUUUCACGUCGUCGUCCCCCUCCUCUCCCACAUACCUUGAACAGAGUUUCUAAGACUGCUUUAGACCUAUAUGUGUAUAUUGGACAUUUUUCGUAAAUAUCAUCACACAUACACGUACCAUCUAUGAACAUAUAUGCAUAUAUAUUAACUUAUAUGAUAUUGAGAGAAGAUGAGAAAUUCUAGAAGUUAAUUUAGAGACACGAGCGAAAAGAAAUUUGUGAAUAGCAAAUUCGCUGGAGGUGAGUGAUAUACAUGUACAUAAGAGGAGAAGAGUGUACUCUGGAUUGACCACGAAGUAAGAGAGAGAGAGAGGGAGAGCAUGCGAAUGAAAGAGAAAGCGCGAGAGAGAGAGAGAGAGAGAGAAACGUAACAAAAGCUAACAAUUAAUUAAAAGGAUAUCGAGUAAUGUUAUUCCUUAUGUGUUCUACAUAACACUCAUGAUUUAUUUGAUAAUGAUAAAGGAGAUGAAACGAAAUGAUAAAGAAUGUGCAUUGAAUGUACUUUGAAAGAAACUUAAAUAAGGGGACGAAUUUUGAGAAAAGAAGAAUAAAAAAAACUGAAUUGAUAUCCAAGUGAUACUAGAAUAAAUAGCGUGAUCGCAAGUGCUAUUUAAGCUAAAUUUCAUACCCGUAUAGAUAUUCAUAUGUACACACAUACAUAUAUUCUUUUACAUGGAGAAUUUCAGAUUCGUUCAUUACCAAAUGCGUCUCAUUUUCAUUAUUACUGCUUUCUUUCUUAUUUAAUCUUCAUUGUAUCCCGUUAUCGGUGUUUCAAAUGUAGCCAAAAGAAUAAAAUCGUCCAAUACAAGCUUUCAGCUUACAUUAUAUUUUUUUUUUUUUAAAGGAACGCAUUACUCGAAUAUUCAAAGAUUCAGAUUAUUUUCUUUUCUCUUUUUUAUUCCAUUAUUUCACUAUGUUCACGAGUUAAUCUCUUAUUGGCUUAAAAUUUGACCUAAAGUUUCUCUCAGACAGGAGAAACGUGAAUGUCGAUUUUUACAACAUAUGUGUGUAUAUGUAUACAUAUACACACAAGACUCGUUAAAUGUAAUUGUUGAAAAUAGUAAAUAUUUUUCCCAGUGUUUUCAUUCUAAUUUGAAGAGGGGAAGAAAAACCAGCGAAACAUUUUAUGUAACAUCAGUGCCACCGAAAGUCACGAAAUCUAAACAACCAUUAUAGUUCAACGUAAUAUCGUUAUGAUGUUACAGAUAUAAAAAUAAAGAAGGAAAAGAUAAUUGCACACAUUGUACAAUACCACAUGUUAAUAAUACAAUACGUUUUAAUUAUAUAUAUAUAUAUAUAUAUAUACACACAUAUUAUACACACACAUACACACAGACUCAGAGGAAAAAAAACACCUUUUUAUAUGAGAAGCUAUUCAUAAAAAAUUGAACAAAAGAGAAGAGAGAGAGAGAGAACAUGCAAAAUAGGAGCAAACGUAAAGGCUAGAAUUAACAGAGAAAACUUCUGGUUUGUGUGUAGUUUGGUAACAGUUGAAUGGGGAGAGCCAGUAGAAAAAAAUGAAUAUUUUGCAUUUUAUUCUAGUGAAGUAUGAAAGAUGAUUGACCAGACGAGUUAAAAGAAACGUGCACUAAAUAUUGGAUACGUGGCGAAAGGCGAACGCCUAGGAUCAUUUGAUUUCUAAUCAGUGUUUUCUAAUUAACUUAGACGAAUUACAUUUUGAUAAAUACUACACAGACGUAUCAGGAAAGCACAAGCGACAAAUUUUUUGAGUUUUGUAAGUAUCCUUUGUUUCCUGUCGAAAUGGAAUUGUUGUGAAUCUGCAUUCAGAAAUGUAGGCUUUGUCGUUACACACACACACAUAUACACAUAAUUGCUCAAGCAAUUUAACUCGUAUUUCGCCACGAAAUUAUUUUGAUCUUAAUAAUUGGAGGGGCGAGAAAAAAAGAGAAGCGAGAAUGGCAAUUGCGUGUAUACAUGGGAUAGAAGUAUGUUGUAGAAGUGCGGAGAAUAUUUAAUUGAAUAAAAUUUUAAAUUAGAAAGAA